AUGCCGCCGGCAUUCCCGGAAUGCCGUCCGGGGAAAACAAUGACCGAGGCGGGGACGGCGUCACGUAAUAGCGGCAGCUUCCGGUGCGCCCGUCGAAAAAUUCAUUCGGGCAUUCCGCGCGCGGCGACGGGGCCGCUCAGGCAUUCGAUUUAUCUAUCGCGCGGAAAGCGGUGGGACGCGCGCCGGUUAUUGGGGCACCGCGGCGUUUCCGCGCUGAUGAUUUACGGCGGAAUUCGCGGCCCCAUUGCCCGCGCGCCUGCGGACGCUCGCCGCUCGGACCCUGUGGGGAUGCGGCGCGGCUUGAGGACGAUUCACACCCAGCGGCCUCUGUCGCGUACAUCGCAUCCAAUUGAUCGAUACGAA